GCUGCACGUGCUAGUGACUAUUUCACUAUAUCACGUCGCAUCAGAGGCGUCAUUCUGUACAUUCUUUCUUAAAUUAAAUUCUGUAAUCCAAAAACAGUGAAUGUAAUCACCAUUCAUGCAAAAGUUUGCUUCAAGAUUGACCACACUGCUGAUGGGAUCUUAUCACUAGCACACCCUGAGCACAUCUCUGAGGAUGAAGAUUGAAAAUAGCCUGCCCUGCUCUCAGCUCCCUGAGGCCCCUCCUCAGACCGGGCUCCAUUUUACAGUGGCAACGGAGGAGGACUUUGAUGACAUCAUGGCCAUGAGUAAGGAUAUCUAUGGCGGCCUGGACUAUCUUCCCUCCCGCUAUCAAGCCUGGCUGCAGGAGAGCAACCGCACUGUCAUUUUGGCUCGCAAGCAAGGCAAAGUGAUUGCACUGGAGUCAGUGUGUGUUAUUGAUGAUGGGGAGACCAUGCUGGUGGAAGGGCUUCGUGUUGCCCCUCAGGAGAGGGGGAAAGGUGUGGCAGGGGUACUUCUUCGGUUUUGCUCUCAACUGGUUAAGUCCAAGUACCCUGACGUUAAAGUCAGCAGGCUGACAAGAGAUGACCAGCUGGGGCCAAAAGACUUCCAGAAGUACCGGCUCAUAACCAAACAGGGAAUCCUCCUGGUGCGCUUCCGUGCUGAAGACCUAAAAUUACGCCUUGCUGAUCUUGGGCCUAAUAUCACUGUAGCGGGGGAGGGUCUGUCGACCACAAACAUCCCGAUCCGUUUGGAGCCAGCAGAGGUGCAUCAGCUCUUCCUAAGCGAUGUUCUAAUGAAGCGUGUCCUUCCCAAUGCCACCAUCGUUCAAGAUUGGCAGCCUUUCAAGCCUCUGCCUAGCAACAUGGCCAUCCUGCUGAAGAAGGAUAUUGAUUGGAUGGUUGAUGAUUCCAGGCGCCCAACCAUGGCCAGUUUGUGCACCUUCCCAUUCCAUGUGCCAAUUGGUGAUGACUGGUACUACCUCAACAUCGAUAUGUUUGGUAAAGACCUGACACUGGCCAUACAACAGCUGUUGUGCCACCUGAGGUGCCACACUGGCACUCUGAAGGGUUACGUCAUGUGUCAGGUGUUCCUGGAGCCUGCGCUGUGGAAGCCUAUGGCUGAUUUCUUUAGGGAAACCCUUAAAGUGGAGCUGGUGAAGGAGUACACAGAGCAGUGUGUUGUGGAGUCUGAUGUCGUUUAGUCGAGGAGCAUCAGAAACACCUUACCUUAAAUUAAGCCACCAAACCUACAUAAACUUAAGGAACUUUAAAAUCUCCGUCAAAUAUAGCAACUAAAAGAAACAAAAAAACACCUAAUAUGUCUACUAUAAAAGGACAAAAAAUUCAAAUCUAUUCCGCUUAAUGAAAUUGCUCUCAUAGGUUUUAAUUUAUUUUAACAACAAUUAAUUUUAAAAAAGGCAUGUAAGUGAACAAACUAGAAUAAAAGCAGUAGACGCUUGUUUAGGUUACUUCAUUUAUUUCCAUAAUCAGUACUGUAAACGGUGGCGCUGAAUGGACAGGGACUGGAAAAGAGGGAAGCAGUUUCAGAUUAUAUAAAAUAGGGACCCAAAUUGUUCCAGGCCCUUUCAUUUCUGUCAGCAUCACUGACAGUGAAAGCAUAUUUACUCAUGCUGAGUUGAAAAGAAAACUGCACAAACUUUAGGGCACUUUAUGAUAAAAAAGAGGGGUCACACUUUAGUGUCUGUUGCUUUUUCAGAAUGUGGCACUGUAGCUGCUAGGGUAUUUAGAGGAAAAUAAAAAAGACCAACAUUUUUAGGACUAUAAAACCGGCUGUCCAUAAUAUGGAGACCAAAAUUGUCUUUAAAGGCAGUUUUAAUUAACCUGAAAAUACAAAAAAAUUCCACAUAGGGAAACAUUUUAUUUCAGACUUUCUAAUGUGUGACCCAGGACCACAAAACAAGUCAUAAGGGUCAAUUUUUCAAAAUUGAGAUUUAUACAUAAUCUGAAAGCUGAAUAAAUAAGAUUUCCAUUGAUAUAUGGUUUUUCAUUAAGAUCGGACAAUAUUUGGCCAAGAUACGAAUAUUUGAAAAUCUGGAAUCUGAGGGUGCAAAACAAAUCUAAAUAAAGAGAAAAUCUGGUUUUGUGCUCCAAGGUCACCUAUGCUCCUUGAAAAAUUAGUAGUACUUCCUCUAAAGGUACUUUGCAGUGCUUUAAACUCUGUAUAAAAUUAUAAAUGUCUGGCUAAGAACUUGCUUUUACAUUUAGAUUACAGUCUCAAGUUUUUGCUUUAAGUAAUUGAACCUGUUUGUUAAAAUGAUGUUCUAUCAGUAUUUGUACCUAACUGUAGAAGUGCAGUUGUGAUAAUACACUGGAAUAUUGCUUGAAGUACAUACAGUUAGAUAUGAUUAAUAACUAAUAAUGGAACAGACAUGUAUAAUUGUUUUAAAUUUUUAUAAAUUGACUGUUUGAUAGGAUCACAUUUAAACACAAAAGGAAAUAUAAUUAGGGAUAAAUACGGUAUAUAUAAUUAAAUGUUUAAAUGUUGUUAUAGUUCAUUAAAAAUAAUUAAGUUUAGAAUUUAACUGAGACAUCACUAUGUAGUGAUUUUGUUACAUCAUAUACAUUUCAUAAGAAGCAUGAUCUUAAGGAAAUUCCUCUGAAUCUGGUGCUCCAAUAAAAAAUAAUAAUAAUUACAUUAAAUUAAAUCUUCAGCUGACUUAAUGUGAUCCACCCAUGGAAAUCAGUAAAACGAAUCAGGACGAUUGGAAACCUUAGCAAAACAAGUGACAACUGUACCUCUAUGAAGAGUUUGUGAAUUUCUUGAACCGAUAUUUUGAAGUUAAAAGAUGGACACGAUCUGCCAGUGGAAAAGAAUGAAGGAAGUCAACAUAAUGCAGAAGAUAAAGGACAUCUCCUUCUGUUGGCCUGGAGUGAAGAAAGUAAAGUGAAAUAUAACCAAGAUGAAUAAAGAAGAACAGAAAAGGCCUUUAGACAUGUUUAUAACCAUAUGUCUUUUGCCCCAAACCCAGAUUUCACGUUGCUUUUUCCCUGAAGCACUGUGUCAGAACGAGAGAGAGACACAGUCCACACGAGCAAAUGCAUCAUUCUUUAUUUCUUAAAUGGUUACAUUUUGGUAAUAAUUAGGAGGAUCACUGGAAACAAAAGUUCAAUUAAUUUAAUAGGAAACGUUGUACAACGUGCAGUUUAAGAACUCACAGUGUCCACUCACAAUUUGUCAUACAGAUGUGAAUCUAAAUCUGUAUCCGCUAAACUAAAACCAAGAACUGUAUUCUUUUUACUAACUAUGUGUCUGGUUUGACUUCAUUUGGUGGAGUUAUUUUGUGCCCUUGUAUGAACUCUCAACAUCCGACGAAAAGGAGGCCUCCUCUCCUUCAUUUGGACAGAUGCAUGUGGGACUUGUAAUGCGGUCAGUAUUUAUAAAUGGUCUUUUUUUUAUUCUGAAAGUCAAGGCAUUUUACAGAUCAUUAACUCUAAUUCUAAUGACAGUUUAUCUCAUUUGUAUAGGUGUACAUAUAUAUGUUUGUCUGGAAGGGGGAUUCUAUGAUAAGGGACUCUUUGUUAAAAAUCUUUCAUGGCUGAAAUCUCAAAAUCCCUCAUGUCUGCCAUGUGCUUUCAGAGGAAAUCAGUCAGUUUUUCUCAAAAUAAAAAGUGUCUGUUGGCCUUCAAAAAGCUACAAA